CUUUCUUUGUCUCCAUUAGAAGAAGAGAAACGAAGUUCAUUUAACAAGCCACCUAGGUGUCACUCUCUCAGCCGUAGGAUGAUGAGGAGAAGAGAUAAAAGUCGAAGCACCGGCGGAGGAGGGCGAUCAACCGACUCCACAUCAAUCGUAUUCGUAUUAGGAAAAGAUCAAUCGUAUUCGUAUUAGGAAAAUUCAGCGAGUGGCUGUGCAGCCGAACCAAAAAGAGGCAGAUUCUGAAAAUAGCGAGCUGUGUGUACGCGAUUGGGAUUCACUCAGGAAUUUUACGGUUGAAAGUGAAUGCUGCAUUUAAGGAAAGAGAGAGGCGCUGGCGAUGACAUAUCAACAUAUAUCGGAGGCCGGAACGCUCUUGGCAGCCGAAGAAGAAGAAGAAGAGGGAGAAGAGGCUGUGCAGGAGCUUAUGAUGGAGGGGCCUAGCUCUGAGUCUCGGGCUCCGAAGGCAAAUGGUGAGGCGCAUUCGGCGGUUGAAAUACCAGAGACGGCACAUCAGAUCAGCAAAGAUUCAUGGCUUCAAGUCGGUUUUGUCCUCACCACCGGAAUCAACAGUGCUUUUGUUUUGGGGUAUUCUGGGACAACUAUGGUUCCCCUUGGUUGGGCUGGUGGUGUGAUUGGUUUUCUUUUAGCCGCAGGAAUAUCACUUUAUGCAAAUUCUCUCGUUGCCAAGCUCCAUGAAUUUGGUGGAAAGAGACAUAUUAGAUACAGAGAUCUUGCAGGAUAUAUAUAUGGUAAGAAAGCAUAUACUCUGACUUGGGCUUUGCAAUAUGUAAAUCUUUUCAUGAUUAAUACUGGAUAUCUCAUUUUGGCAGGUCAGGCUCUGAAGGCUGUCUAUGUUCUUUUUAGGGAUGAUGGUGGCAUGAAGCUCCCAUACUUUAUUGCGAUUGGAGGCUUUGUAUGUGCCAUCUUCGCCAUAGGAAUCCCACACUUGUCAGCUCUAGGGAUUUGGCUGGGUUUUUCGACAUGCUUGAGUCUAAUAUAUAUUGUUAUAGCAUUUGUGCUGUCACUUACAGAUGGAAUUAAAGCUCCAUCUAGGGAUUACAGCAUCCCAGGAACAGAAGCAAGCAAGGUCUUCAGUAUUAUAGGGGCAGCUGCUAAUCUUGUUUUUGCAUUCAACACAGGAAUGCUUCCUGAGAUACAGGCAACUAUUAGACAACCUGUGGUUAAGAAUAUGAUGAAAGCUCUCUACUUCCAAUUUACUGCUGGAAUUCUACCACUGUAUGCUGUUGUUUUUAUGGGGUAUUGGGCUUAUGGAUCAACAACAUCAACCUAUUUGCUCAAUAGUGUCUCUGGUCCAGUUUGGGUUAAGACAAUGGCAAAUCUUGCUGCCUUCCUGCAAACGGUUAUUGCUUUGCAUAUAUUUGCUAGUCCAAUGUACGAGUAUAUGGACACUAGAUAUGGUAUAACAGGAAGCACAUUGUCCUUUCGGAACUUGUCAUUCAGGAUUCUAGUGAGAGGCGGUUACCUGGCCAUUAACACACUUGUGUCAGCUAUGCUGCCAUUCCUUGGAGAUUUCAUGAGCCUCACAGGAGCCAUUAGCACCUUCCCUCUUACAUUCGUCCUUGCAAAUCAUAUGUACCUUGUGGCAAAGGACAAGAAGUUGAACUCCUUACAGAAACUCUGGCAUUGGCUCAAUGUGUGUUUCUUUGGUUGCAUGUCUAUUGCGGCAGCAGUUGCAGCCUUGAGGCUCAUUGCUGUGGAUUCCAAAACUUACAAUCUGUUUGCCGAUCUGUGACAAUAUUUAAUGUUUAUAUAUCGGCCUCCUUGUUCGCCUAGUAAGUUUUUAUUUUAUUUAAAGCUUCAAAGCUUUAAGCAUAUGCAAAGCUGUUAUUAAGCUCCCUUUUAGCUUAAAAGUUUUAAUGAUAGAACAUGCAUCCAUGAUCCCUUUAAUGUCACAAA